GGGCGCGUACCCCUGGGCCCGGGCUCCUCCAGAGGGGCUGCCCCUCGCUUCUCUACCCUCCUCGGGGUUUCCGUCUGGUCCCCCGCUGCCAGGUGACAGCACGGGCGUGGCACUUGGCCACAGGGCUCCCACGACGCCUGCAAGCGGGGACCCUCCCCCUGUGCCUCAUUUCUCAGUCUGGCGGCUUUGAUGGGGGUGAGCAGCAAAGAAGCUGUCCGUUUGUCGUUAGAAACCCCAGGUACAGAUGGGUCAGGGGCUUAUCCGGGGGCCCAUGGCGAGGCAGUGGCAGGGGUGAGGCUCCCUCCCCAUGUGCCUUAAUUCUGAGGGCCUUGUCCCAGGAGCAGACUCUGCUCUGCCACCCAAGAAGGUAACUCCCUGUCUUUCGUGGGCCUCGGGGUCCCAUGUUUGGUGUGGACGCAUGAGCUGCUCUGGUACCGAGCUCCCAGCAGGAGCCAGGCCCUCUGCUGGGCCCUGGGUGGCAAGGAGGGAAGCCAGUUCCNCCCCCCCCCCCCCCACCGCCUGCCUGGCCAGUCACCACGCGACGGGACGGGACGGGGCAGUUCUCCACGGGGCCCAGCCGCAGACUCAGGGAGUAGAGACCUAGAGCGGCUGGGGUGAGCGUCCCAGGCAGCCAGGAGAGCUAAUGCACGGCCCGGGAGAUAUCCAGGAGGUGGGGGGUGCUGGGCUGGGGGUUGGCCGUGGCCAGAGGAGAGGCCAGCGGCUGGAGAGGGGAUGCCACUGGGAAGGAAGGACAGGACGGACACAGCCUUGCAGGGUACACAGAGAAAUUCAGAUUUUCUUUUUUACUGUUGAUGCCCAAGAAUAUGGCACAACUGGAAAUUGCGGGUUAGCAGCUCUCUGUGGAGGGAGGGGCAAGCAGGGAGCGGCCAGAGCCCUGAAGACAGGUCACAGGUCUGCAAUCCCUGGGCCUGCCCAGACAGCAGGGCUGGGAGGAGGGGUCCUUGAAUUCGAGAUCCCUACUCUGACACCCCCGCCAAGGUCAUGCAUUUUCCUGUUUCCUCCCCUGUCUGCACUGCUGGCCUCGGGUGGAGUGACCAGAUGUCACGGCAGCCCUGCCCACGACCACUGGUCCCCUUCCCUGACCCCGGGGUGGGGGGGCUUUGCCUCAGGCCCUGGUCUCCAGGGAUAUUGGGGUGCAGCGCGCUCAUCCCCACAGAAGCUGGAGUCUCUCUUCCUGUCCCACUUGGAACCCGUGUAUCCCCGAGGCCUUGCAGGGCACAGGAAAUGCCUUAGGCCUCCGCCAGGAAAUGCAGGCGCCCGACGGAGUGAACUGCCCCUUCCUCCCCCCCAGCCACUGGCCUCGCCCUCACCCUCCCCUCCAGCCACACUGCCCGCUUCUCCAGCAGGGCCAUCAGGUGUUUGCCCAGUGUCUAGAAGGCUCUUCUUGGCCUGCUCCUUCUUUGUCCUCGCUCUCAUGUCUCCUCAGAAAGGCCUCCCCUGUGGCUCCUCUCCUGGCACCCUGCCUGCGUCCACACGGUCUGAGCACAGUGGCAGCUGAGCGUGAGAGCGCAGCAUGCGGGCCUGGUUUGUUCAUCUCCCCGAGUAGACUCAGCUCCCCGAGAGCAGGAGCAGGCAGAGAGCCCGUGUCAGCAGAGCCAGGCCCCUGGCAGGUGCUCACUCCGCCCAGAACUCCUGAACGAAUGAGGGACUUUAUCACACACCUGCUGUGCACCUUGCAUUCGCAGGGGGCCUCAUCGAGUUCCUGGGCGGGGUUCCCUGCAUGCUUCUGCCAGGUGGGAAUGCUGAGGCCAGGUGUCCCAAGACCCGGGAAGGGGCAGAAGGGAGAAGAGGAGUCCGGCUGUGCUGGAGGACCCCAAUGUCAGAGCCAGGCGGCUGGGCUCUGUCUGAGCAUUGCACAAUUUGUUUUUAACAACAUUACAGCUGAAUUUUACUCUCAUUUAGCCCUGGUCAUCUAUAAUUUCCUCAGCCUGUGCUAUGAAUACCUCGGGGGAGAAAGUUCCAUCAUGUCGGAGAUCAGAGGGAAGCCCAUCGAGUCCAGCUGUAUGUACGGCACGUGCUGCCUCUGGGGAAAGACUUACUCCAUUGGAUUCCUGCGGUUCUGCAAGCAGGCCACCCUGCAGUUCUGCGUGGUGAAGCCCCUCAUGGCUGUCAGCACCGUGGUCCUCCAGGCCUUCGGCAAGUACCGGGAUGGUGACUUUGAUGUCACCAGCGGCUACCUCUACGUGACCAUCAUCUACAACAUCUCCGUCAGCCUGGCCCUCUAUGCCCUCUUCCUCUUCUACUUUGCCACCCGGGACCUGCUUAGCCCCUACAGCCCCGUCCUCAAGUUCUUCAUGGUCAAGUCCGUCAUUUUUCUCUCCUUCUGGCAAGGCAUGCUUCUGGCCAUCCUGGAGAAGUGUGGGGCCAUCCCGAAGAUCCACUCGGCCCGCGUGUCCGUGGGCGAGGGCACCGUGGCCGCCGGCUACCAGGACUUCAUCAUCUGCGUGGAGAUGUUCUUCGCGGCCCUGGCGCUGCGGCAUGCCUUCACCUACAAGGUCUAUGCAGACAAGAGGCUGGAUGCGCAAGUGCCAACAUACGGCCCUUACGGCCGCUGCGCCCCGAUGAAGAGCAUCUCCAGCAGCCUCAAGGAGACCAUGAACCCCCAUGACAUCGUGCAGGAUGCCAUCCACAACUUCUCGCCCGCCUACCAGCAGUACACGCAGCAGUCCACCCUGGAGCCCGGCCCCGCGUGGCGCGGGGGCGCCCACAGCCUCUCGCGCUCCCACAGCCUCAGUGGCGCCCGCGACAAUGAGAAGACUCUCCUGCUUAGCUCUGAUGACGAGUUCUAGGUACGGCUGCUGGUGGGGAGGGUUGGCACCUGGGCCCAGGGCAGGGUGUGCCCCCCUCCAGCCCCUCGCGCGGGCCGGGAGGCAGGCUGGCACAGCUUUGACCUUGCCCGUUAAUUUAUUGGACCAGAAACAUUCACCUAUCGCUUCCAGAGGAACAGCCAGAAGCUUUCGGCCCAGGGGACAGCCCAGGCUCAGCACGAGCCUUCAGGAAUAUUUAUACGUGGCCACCCCUGCACUGCCGGGCGAGGGACGGAGGACGCUGGGAGCGACUCCUGUGGCCCUGUGGCUUGUCCUGUGGCGGUGGCAUGGUGGGACCAGCGGUGGCCACGGUGGACCAGCGGCCGCGGCCCUCUCAGCCCCCGCGUGGGUCACCCCCUCCCCCAUGAGACUUACAGCCCUGUCCCCAACACCGUGCAAUACUCUGACCUGGGUUCUUUCCUGCCUGCGCCCUCCCUUGUGCCCCCUGUCCACGCUACAUUAGCCUCGCCCUGGGCAAGAGGGGCAGGAGGGAACCCAGAUGCUCCCUGUGGCCCCUCCUGUCCCAGGCCUGCCUGGCAUGCUGCAAGGACCAGAGCGACACCAAGAGCCCCGUGUCCCAUGUUGGAAGAGCGCUCAGGUGUGUCUGGGCCCGUUGCCGAGGCCUCUCCAAGCAGGGGUCCCUGGGCCCCUGGGUGCCCUCUCCGUGGCUGCCCUUCCUGCCUGCCUCAUGCUCCUUCCUCCUGACCUGCUGAGGGCAGCCAGCAGCCCACACUGCCCUAUCACUUGUGGUCUUUCUUCUUGAGAGCAUUUUGUGCAGAGCCCUUGCUUCCCGGCUGCUGAAAGGGUUGACAUCUCCCAGCCCCCCCUUCCCAGGCUGAGCCAUGAGAACCUCCACAGGGUCCUGGUCUCUCCCUAGGGCUUCUCCUUCCCAUUUCAGGGGAAGGGUCUGAGUCUCCACAUUUCCGACCAGCUUCGGGAGGAACAGCCCUAUGGGAGGGAGGACGGAAGGUGGGAGCGUGCAGCAGGGAGCUGGGAAGCAGGAGGAGUGACCCCAGACUCCUCUCCCUGGCGCCGUAUCCACACAGGGCCUGGUGUCCUGCCUCAGCUGGCCCCUCGGCCCAUCUCUUCUGUGCCUUAGUCACAUGUGAAAGCUCCCCCUUCCUAGAUAGGCCCUCCGUCUGUCUGGCCGCAGACACUCCCUGGGGGCUCCCUCUCCAGCUGCUCGCACUCCGAGGAUCCUGCUGUGCUGGGCCGGUCACCCUUGGACAGGCCUUAGGAGUGGCCAGGAUCGCCUGUCCCCUCCCCUUGCUCACCUCCGCACGCGUGUACCUGGAGUCUCCUCGGGCCGGAGCCCCCAGGCAGGCUGGGCUUAGACCCACCACUGUCGCAGGGGGAGCCUCUUGGCGGUGACAACAUAGGUUCCUACAGGCGGAGCAUUCUGUCGUUUGGAACCCAGAUGGCACUUGGUUUGGGCCGUACCAGCCUGGAGAAGGUGGUAGGGUGAGGAGGGCCGCGCCCUGGGGCACCAGACUUCACCGCAGGGUCUCUUCCUUUUCGUUCAUUCUGGAAUGAAGUGUGCCAGGGGCCCAGUGUGGGAUUCCACCCCCGUCGUCUUCCCAGGCUGCCGCCGGCCCUUGUGACCCAGCCAGCCCACCAGGGCCUCGGAGGCCUGAGCGCAGGGGCCCGGAGCCUGGCUCUUGGGCCCUGUCUGGUGGGCCUGGCCGGCUGGGUACCAGGCUGCCCAGGGAGGCGGCGGGUGGGAGCAGGCUGUCUGAGGAGCUCCUCGGUCCCCACUCCCCCUUUUUGCUUUCACCAAUCUGUGAUUCUCCUUCCAGGCCAAAGUGUGCUGCCGACUCCCUGUCCCCUGGCCUUGGCCCGCCCUGGCACUUGCUGGCUAGCAUGGUUCCUGGGGGGCACAGAGGGAGGACUCGGGGGCAGGGAGCCAGUGGCCCCUGGGGAGUCAAGGGGCCGGCAACGUGUGCCCACUCACUCCACCCUUCCUUCCUAGGAUGCGUAACCUUUUUUUUUUUUUAAUCCUCCCCCCCCAUAGAGUAGCUCUUUGUACAUAAAAAAUACUUGAAAAAUGAACUGUAUGAUGUAUGAGAGGACAGAGUCCCCUAGUUUUGUAUCUCGUGUGUGACUGCCAUGAGUUCCACCAGAAAGCCGCUCUAUUUUGGUCUCUGUGACAUUUUAAAUGCGUGACAGAAGUGAGCAAAUAAAGUGAGAAAUAUAUAUAUGAGAUAAUAUAGAUUGUAUUGAAAUCUC